AUGUUUUAAUAAAUUUUAAAAGAAAAUGAAAUAUAUUAUUCACGACAAGCAGCUGCUUUGGGAUGGGAUAUAUAAGGUAAAUUAGAAUAAUUAAAUUGCUUUAUUUAUGGAUUAAGAGGAGUAAAAUAUUAUCAUAAGAUAGUUAGGAUUAGAGAUUGCUAAAAAUUUAAUAUUGAUGGGUUUGAAAAGAGUGGUGAUUUAUGAUAAAACAGUUCUAUCUAGUUCUGAUUUAGGCACAAAUUUUUAUGCAAAGACAGAUUAGGUUGAUAAAGUUACAAGAGAGAAGGCUGUGAUUUAAUCUUUAAAAGAUUUAAAUGAGAAUGUGAUUGUCGAUAUAUAUGAUGGAAUUAUAAAUGGGUAAAAUUUAAUAGAGUUUUCGAUUGUUGUAAUGACUGACACAUGGGAUUAAGAUUUAAUUUAUGAAAUUAAUGAAGCUAUAAGGAAAAAGGGAAAUGGAUUUAUUUUAGCUCAUUCUUCUGGGCUGUUUGGAUCAAUAUUUGUAGAUUUUUCAGAUGUAAGCAUAAUUUAAGAAUAUUAUUAGAAUUUUGUAAUUGAAAAUGAAACUGGAGAGACAUGUAAAGAAUACUUAAUCGAAGAAAUAACAAAACAUUAAAAUGGAGUUGUUCAUACAAUUGAUAAUAUUUAAAGCCUUUAAGAUGGAGAUUAUGUCAAAUUCAAAGAAGUGUUAGGGAUGUCUGAAGUAAACGAUUAAGUUUUUAAGAUUACUGUAAUUAAUCAAUAUUAUAAUAAAGACAUUAACUCCUCAUAAAUUUAGUAUUGGUGAUACAACCAAUUUUUAAGCAUAUUAAGGAAAUGGAAAAGCUGUUUAAAUAAAGUUCCCUAAGAAAAUAUCGUAUAAAUCAUUUAAAAAUAUGUUAUCCUUUGAAAAUAAGGACAAUAUAGACAGGCAACUACAAUUAUAAAUUUCAUAUAAUUCGAUCUUAGCUUUUAUGAAUUAGAAUGGAAGGCUCCCAAACCUAUUGAAUCAAGAGGAUGCAGAUUUAGUUUUGAAACUAGCUUUAUAAAAUUAGAAAGAGCAUGUUUAGUUAGAUAUUUAAUUAAUCAAAAAUAUUGCACUGCAUUUGCAAGCUCAUAUUGCACCAUUGACAUCAUUUUGGGGUGGACUUGUUGCAUUUGAAGUGCUUAAAUUUACAGGGAAAUUUACAUCCAUAAGGUAAUGGCUACAUUUAGAAUUUUAUGAAGCUCUUCCUGAAGUUGAAGUCAAUCGAAAAUCAAUGGAUUGUUAAUAUGAUGAUUAUUAUGCCAUAUUUGGGAAGGAAACAAUUGAAAAGCUAUAAAAUUAAAAUGUAUUAUUGAUGGGGGUUGGUGGUUUAGGAAAUGAAUAUCUUAAAAUGUUCUCUUUAAUGGGAAUUGGAAGUGGACAAAAAGGAUCAUUGAUUGCUGUUGAUAAUGAUUAAAUAGAACUGUCAAAUCUAAAUAGACAAUUUUUAUUUAGAAAACAUCAUAUUGGCUCAAAUAAGGCUGAUGUAGCUUGUGCAAUGAUUAAAUAGAUUAAUCAUUCAAUUAAAUGUAAAGCAUAUCCAUAUGUGAUAUCAAAAGAAAGUUAACAAAUAUUUAAUUAGUAUUUCUGGAAUUAAAUAGAUUUUACUGUUAAUGCUGUUGAUAAUAUUAGGGCAAGACUUUAUAUAGACUCUUAGUGCUGUUAUUAUAGUAAGCCUAAUUUCGAAAGCGGAACUGACGGUUCUAAAUGUCAUUCUCAGGUAAUUCUUCCAUUUUAAACUGAAUCAUUUAGCGAAUUUAAGGAUAGCCCAGAAACGAGCAUCUCUAAAAGUAUCUUCUUGAAUUUUCCAUAUAAAACAGAUCAUAAUAUACUAUGGGCUUUGGAAUAUUUCAACGAUCUAUUCGAAAAAACUUCAAAAAACUUAUAUUAAUUAUCAUAAAACCCAUAGAUAUUUAUUAACGCUUUUUAUAAUUAGAAUUAAUCUUGCUUAGAUUAUUUAAAAGAUCAACUUUAAUUGAUUGAAAAAUAUGUAUUAUUAGCCAUUAACCCUACUUUAGAAAAUCUAGUCAAAUAUGCAAAAGAAUUGUUUUCUUUCUUAUUUGAUUAAAAAAUAAGGUAGCUGUUAAGUAAAUAUCCAGCUGAUUUUGAAUAAUAAAAUGGAUUAUUAUUUUGGACAAACCCUAAAAGAUUACCUAUGUCAAUAGAAUUUAAUUCAACUAAUCCACUUCAUAUUUAAUUUAUUCAUUGUGUAGUAAAAAUAGUUAUCAAAAUACUUGGUUGCCCAUUACAGUUUGAUUCAGAAUAGAUAUCAGUUCUGGUUGAUUCAAUUGAGACCAAUAAGAAUAAAGAAUUGUUUGCAAAUUAGUAAUUUAACGAAAAUGAUAUUAAAUAAGAGAAUGAUAUGCUUAUGAUUAAAUUAGAGAAGCUAAUUUAAGAGAAUGUACAACAUUUGUAAUAAAUUAAACCAUUUUCAUAUUAAAAGGAUAAAUUAAACGAUAUAGAAUUGGAGUUUAUAACAUCUGCUGCUAAUCUAAGAGGAAUCAAUUAUAAUAUUCCAUCUGCAAUUAGACAACAAGUGAGAGAAAGUGUUGAAUGUUUCAUUCCUUAAUUAAUAACAACCAAAUCUGUUAUAACUGGAAUAGUGGGAAUUGAAAUACUCAAAUAUAUCCAAUAAAAGAAUAUAAACUCUAUUAGAAAUGCAUAUAUUAAUCUUGCAUUACCCACUUUUAUUUUUUCAUAACCAAAGCCUCCAUAUCAAAAUGUAGAUCAAGAAUUUAAUUAAUUAAUUAUGGAUCGAACUAUUGCAGUCCCUAAAAGUAUUAUUUUUGUACAUCUUAGAUUGGACUUCCUGGGAUAGAAUCAAGAUUAAUAAGAAAAUGACUGUAGGGGAAUUUAUAUAAUAUUUUGAACAAAAUUAUAAUGUAAAUGUGUAAUUUUUAGGUUUCAAUCAGUAUCUGAUUUAUUCAAAACUUAAAGCUUCAUCAAAAGAAUUGUAUAGCUAUUUGUAAUACUUUUAGAUUAACGAAAGACUGUGCAGAUGUAUAUGCUCAGGUUUCUAAAGAAAAGUUGGCAGAAGAUGAAAUCAAUUUCGAUGUAAUUUUGGAUUCCUAUUAAAUGAUAAAUGGAUAAGAAGUAAGCGUCGAUUUUCCACUCAUAAAGUAUCACUAUAGAGUUUGA